AUGCGUCCUGGUCGGAUGCGGAACGGAGCAAUCCGGUCCGCCGAUCGAUUCGGGGCGUGGACCGACGCGGAUUACGGUGGCGGCCUAAGCCCGGGCUUUUGA